AUGGCUAGGAACCUUGUUGGUAUAGGUGAUAGUCAUGCAGAUGAAUUGCUUCCAAGUGCUGGUGGUGGACUAUUCUUGUUCUGCAUGAUCCUGAUGUCCCUUUCAGUAAUUUCAGCUGUAAUAUUUUCUUGUGGUCAAUCGUCUCGCAAGAAGAAACACAAUAAUGUGCCAACUGUUUCAGAUACCUUUGCAUAUGGUCAUCACGGAGAUGGGGGCGGAGGACAUGGUGAUGGUGGUGGUGGAGGUUGUGGUGGGGGCGGAGGACAUGGCGAUGGCGGUGGCGGAGGUUGUGGUGGUGGUGGUGGUGGUGGUGGUGGAGGUGGUGGAGGUUGUGGUGGAGGUUGUGGUGGUGGAGGUGGAAAUACUUAG